UUCUCUGUGAAAUAUCUCCCUCCUCUACCGAUGCCCAGUUUUGAGCACACCAUCUGGCUGUCGGAAGUCAAAAGCAGCAACGAGAAAAAAUGCAGUCGAUAGCAGUGAUUCGAGCCCUCCGCCUCCUCCCCGCCACGCGCACGUGCCUCCUCCCCCUUGCACGUGCCUCGACCGCAACCGCCGGACCCGCCGACACCGCCGUCCACUCGCAAGACCCCCAGGAAGACGACGCGGAAGAGGCGGCGAAGGCCGCCGCCGCCGCCGAAGAGAAACAACGACGAGAACGACAGCCAGACAUCGAAGCCCCACCAACCACCGACAACAUCCCGCCCUUCGCUCCCUCCCCAAAGCUCGAGAGCCACGAGGUGGGCCGACCCGGUGACCCCUCCUUCCAGCAAAAGCGCCGGUGGUCCCACGCGGCGGCGCCGGGCCGCGCCCUCCUCGAGGACGCCACCUGCGUCGGGGCCGACGGCAGCCCGCUCGCCGGCAGAGGCGACAGCGUCGGCAGUUUUGGAGCUCAAGUCAAGGAGGAGGAAGAGGAGGAGUACGCGGCGUAUUACAAGGGGCACAAGCCGUCGCCACUCUCGGAGAUCGAAUUCAUGGACACGAGGAAGCCGAUAAACCAGGCGUGGGACGGCGGGGCGAGGGACGACGUGGGGGGCGGCGAGGGGGGCAGGGGAUUAAUGGAGGAGGACACGGUGGACGCGGCGCUGCAAAGAGCGGAGGCGAUGUUCCAGGCGGCCAGGGAGAGGGGAGAUCCCGACUCGCCGCAGUCCCGAGCUCUCGCGAGGAUGCUUCGCGAGAGAGCGCGCCGGGGUUUAGAAAUCCUUCCUUGAUGGUUUUUGUGUUUUUGGUUUGGCAUGGUAGAUUCUUGUAACUAUGAAACAAAGAUGGGUUGGUUGUAAACAUGUCCCAUCUUGCUCAAGGACUUGGACUUGGAUUGUCUUAUAAGUGAAUUAUCUGAAUCUGAUCGUUGGGCUAAAAUUAUGUGGAAAUCAUAAAGGGUUUGAUCAGGUUAUGUUUUAUUUUGGCUAAGCAGUGAAGAAAAUGAUAGGAAUUUGGGGAAGGCAGAGAAGAUGUUUAUGGUUGAUGGUUCUUUUGCUAAUAAGGUUUCACAAGUUAGUAAUGUUUUUUGAGUGAAUAUUAUGUCAUGCUCUUGCACAAA